CCCGACGGACGGCGCACGCGGCCGAUUAUGAUGCGAACUCAAUAAGUUGCAGCUUCGAUCCCCAAGGCCGGCUUUCUUUUCCCUUUCCCACGCUCUCCCACUCCCACUCUAGUAUUGCACACUUACGGCUCCUCUUGCAACCUUCCGUCUCUUUAAUAGGGCCAUUGAUCCCCUCCCCUCCCCUCCCAUCAACCCCCCUUCUGCCUACUCCCACUCCAAACCCCCACCGCCGUUGACCCAAAACAACAAUAACGCUUUGUUGCUUCAGGCACUUUUCCCAACCCUACCCUCAACUCUUCCCCCCCCACCAUCGCCGUCAAUCCAGACAUAAGUGUCUUUUGUGUCUCUCUGACGCAAUAGUUCAAAACAUGGGCGCCGCGACGUCAGAAAAGUCGGCAUCUGCCGAAUGCAUCUCGGACGAUGCCCUCAUCCACCUCAAGUCCUACAAGUACUCGGCCGUCGACAAGUCGCCCAUCUCCAACUACAUCCUCCGACCCUACUGGAAUGCCGCUGUUGAGCUCUUGCCGCUAUGGCUGGCCCCGAAUAUGGUCACCCUGUUAGGCUUCUUCUUCAUCCUCGGAAACAUCGGCCUUCUAGUCGUCUUCAUGCCUGACUUGGUCGGACCGGGCCCGUCGUGGCUAUACUUCAGCUUCGCCUUCGGCCUGUUCAUGUACCAGACCAUGGAUAACCUCGACGGCAAGCAGGCGCGACGCACCGGCACUUCGAGCGGCCUCGGCGAGCUCUUCGACCACGGCAUCGACUCGCUCAACUGCACACUGGCCAGCCUUCUCGAGACCGCCGCCAUGGGUCUCGGCACCUCCAAGUCUGGCGUCUUCACCGCCCUCGUGCCCUGCCUGCCUAUGUUCUUUUCGACCUGGGAGACGUACCACACCCACACCCUGUACCUGGGCAGGAUCAACGGUCCUACCGAGGGCAUCCUGAUCGCCUGCAGCUUCAUGGUCGUCUCGGGCAUCUACGGCCCCGGCAUCUGGACCGAGCCCAUCAUCAACAUCCUUGGCGACAAGGCCGAGCAGCAUCUCUUUGGCUUCCACUACCUGCUAGGCGACUACUCCAUCCGUGACAUCUGGAUCGCCAUGAUUGUCUUCUCGCUCUUCGCUACUCACAUCCCCUUCUGCGUCCUUCACGUCAUCCAGGCCCGUCGCGCCCGCGGCGAGCCCGUUGCACCCGUCUUCCUCGAGUGGACGCCCAUGACGGUCUACACCCUCGCUAUCGGCGCCUGGGUGUACUCGCCGUACUCGGCCAUCCGUAGCGACAACCACCUCGUCCUCUUCUGUUUCAUCAUGGCCUUUGUCUUUGGCCGCCUGACCACCAAGAUGAUCCUCGCCCAUCUGACGAAGCAGCCUUUCCCCUACUGGACCGUCAUGCUUGUGCCCCUCGUCGGCGGUGCUGUGUUUGCCAACCUCCCGCACCUGGGUUUCCCUGUUGUCAGCGCCCAGAACGAGCUGUACUACCUGUACGGCUACCUCGUCUUCUCCGCUGUUGUGUACUUCCGCUGGGCGUACUUGGUCAUUACCAGCAUCUGCAACUUCCUUGGCAUUAACGCUCUCACCAUUCCUAAGGAGAAGCAGCUAGCAAACAAGCAGGCACUUGCUGCGGCCAAGGCACCGCCUCUGACCAACGGCCUCCUGAACGGAAUGAAGAAGGACUAGACGCGUAGUCUGUCGAAGCCAAGUCUCUCCGUCUGGACUCUUGGCUGACAGAGGGGACCACAGCACACAACAUUAUAAAGGACUGGCUGGGUGUUGGGAUCGGGCCGGGAUAAACAUUUCAAAGAAUCGUCGCACGAAUUUCUCAAGUGGAAUGAACUAUAGCAAGCACCGCUUUGGCUUUGGAGAGGAAAUUGGUUGCGCUUUUAUUUUUCUUGCAUGGAUAUCGGCGUUGCUGGAGGCUGAUCCCACUUUCAACAUGGCAUGCACUUGAAACUGGCGCUUUUUUUAUGUCUCCGUCUAUGCUUCAGGCGAGCAAAGCCAAUCCAUGGGUUAUGCGGGCACGGCUGGAUUGAGUUGCACUUGCUCUACUACCACUACUAGUCGGAGGGACGAAAGCAGUCCUCUACAUAAUAUUCACAUUCAACUGCUUUACUUUUA